UUCACACUUCUCUUCCAAGCUCCCACCGUAAACCCUUCUUUUCUUCUCAAACUUUUAUAGCAGAAAGAAAGUAAAAGGAGAAAACAAAAAAAAAGAACCUCACAAAGCUUACAAAAACGCAGCGUUUCGAAAGGGCUGACGAUUCUGGCUUUCCCUACCAUGGAAGCUUUCAGUCUCCUCAACUACUGGAAGAACAAUGGUGCUGGUGGUGGCGGUAAUGUUUCCUCCGGCCUCACCUUCCUCCCUCCUCAACCCUCCGACUCCUCUUGCCGUUACCCCGGCGAAGCCACCACCAUUGUCACCUCCGUCGCGGAAACCGAGGAAGAAGAAGACGCAGGAGACGACGAAGGACCGUUCUUCGAUCUCAAGUUCGCUGUUCCGCUUGAAGAAGAAGAAGAAAGUGAAGAGAGAGACGAAGUAUCCGAAGAUUCCGACGACGUCGGAGGAGGAGGAAGAACCGGAGAGGGAGAUUCCGAUGGUUGUGAGUAUAAGUUCACGCUCUCGUCGUCGUGCUCCGGCGGAGAAGACGGAGCAGUAGAUCAUCAAGACCUUAUCGUCUCUCCUUCCGGCGACGUUUACUUAAAGGGACAGAUCGUGGAGGAGGAGGAGGAGGCCGAAGCACCGUCAACGGGAACAGAGCAGACGUGCUCCGUCAAAGCUCCGGCGGCUCAGCUAUCGGCGUCUAUUUUGAAAUCAGCUACUAAGCUCCGCGUGUUCAUGCUCGGCGGCGCGAAGAAACCGAAGUUGCUCCAGGCGAAAUCUAGAGAUCCACCACCGACGGAAUCUCAACUGAAAAGUACCGUUACCGUUAGUUUAAAAGCGGAAGAAGUGCCUAUAGUUUCUCUCUUCACUCGAGAUAACAGCUCGAGAAACUCCUCCUCGUCCUCUUCUAAUUCUCCCGCCACUAAGAGGCAAAACGACAGCGAGCCUGUCGUUUCGGAGGAUAACCGUUUCGUGAUGAUGCAAAAGUAUCUCAAGAAAGUAAAGCCUCUUUACAUCCGAGUCUCGCGUCGCUACGGGGACAAGUCGAAGCACUCAGGCCCGUUAAGCUUGGACUCCUCCUCCGCUCCGACGGCGACUAAAGAGGAGUCUCCGGUGAAGAAGGCUCAUAAACCGGGAAACAUAAACAUCAACAUUCCGGCGGGUUUUAAGGUGGUGAGGAAGCACCUCGGUAAAAGCAGAUCCUCUUCCUCGACGACGACGGCGAUUCCGCCGCCGGCGACGACGGUUACGAUGCCGUCUGAGUCUAGGAGACGUGACGACUCGCUUCUGCAGCAGCAGGAUAGCAUUCAAAGCGCCAUUUUACACUGCAAAAGAUCUUUCAAUUCCUCUCGAGAUAAAGAUCCAUCGGUGUUACCAAGAUCGGUAAGUGAUUCUUCCUCUUACGACAAAUGAAACAAUCGUGUUAUCUUUUUCUCGCAUUAACACAUGAUAAUUAUGUUUAUUGUAAAUACUAGCUCUACUAGUAUGUUUAUAGCUUUGUAUUUUGGUAAGAGUGGUAGCAGCUAUGUUUGGUCAUGUAGUGAUGAUGACUAUUGAAACUUUGGAACAUAAAAAAGAAGCUUAUGGAGAAGAAGAAAAAAUAGACUUCUUCUUCCUAGUUCCUCCUAUUUCUCAUCAUCAUUUUUUGAGAGAGGGGGAGAGUGGGGAUUAAUAACUUGAAAUAGAUAUUACACAAAAAAAAAAACUUGAAAUAGAUACACACAUAAAACAUAUUAUAUAGUUUAUAUUCAAUUAAAUUGAUUGAUGUGCUGUUAAUCGUUAUGCCCUAUUGUCAUAUGGAUUAUAAAAAAUUGUUGGUGUUGUCUAAAAUAUUUGACAAAAAGCAGUUUGUUAAAGAGAAGGCAAAAGAUGCUAAACAUGUCAUUUUUGUAACUACGCUAAACAUGUCACUUAAUUUUAAAUUUAUUUCAUUUCUUUC